AUGCGGGCGCCGCGACACUGUGCGCGAGGGGAAUCCAGUCCAGGCCGUUGCUCCCGCGGAGACUCGGAAGUGGAGGUGGCGAGAGGGUGCGGCGGUGAGGCGGGGACGUUGGGGGGCCAGCGCAAGCGACCUGCCUCCGGCGAGCCGGCAGACGACGCGGAUCCGGCGGGUUCCCCACCUUCAGUUUGCUCGGCCGCCGGCGCCCUAGCAACACCGAGGUCGACCCGAAGGCUGUGGUCCAGUGCAAUCAGGACUGUACUUAAGAUGGACUCCACCGAGCUAUCCGAUAUUGUGUCGAAGAUGCAAGCCCGUGUGCAGGUGGCGGCUGACGCUUUGCAGAAGGUGGUCAGUGAUAACCUGAGUCCGGAGAACACCCCUGCUGCCGUGGACCUGAACAUGGCACUUCUUCAGGUCGAGACCAUUGCGGCAGACCUUGAACAACUUGGUUUCGAAGUCAAAGAUGCUAUGAACCGUGUUGGUCAGGGCGACAAUGGGAGCGUGGACGAGGCAGAGGAAGGUUCGGGAUCGUUGCACGUCGACGAUGAUGACUUGGUUCCCGUUGACUGGAGCCCUGAUGAGUUACUUUGUUUGGAGGAUAGCCUGCCCUACGAAUCCGAUCGUUCUGGGAGCAUGGAAUCUAUGGAGUACGCUGGGUUCCUUCGUGGCGACAGUGAGGACAUGAAUUGGGCCGAUGUUACGCCGCUAACCCAAGACAGCAUAUUCGGGAGCCAGAUCCCUUCGGCAGAUGUCCAGAGUGUGGAGGCUCCUGGAGAUGUCGCACCUGGGGGUGGCCGUGGAUCUAGUUACAGGGUUGAGGAGGACCUACUACUGGUGGGGGCAUGGUUGCAAGUGAGCAUGGAUCCUGUGGUGGGGAGCAACCAGAGUUUGGGUGCUUUCUGGCAGCGAGUGGAGACUUUCUACCAUGAGAACAAAACAUUCACCUCCACCCGCAAUAGGAAGUCGCUGCAGGGGAGAUGGACUUUCAUCAACGGUAUGGUGCAGAAGUUCUGCGACCACUAUGCUAGGGCUCAGCGCAAUAGGAGGAGUGGAACAACCGAGGCCGAGAUGGUUGUGGAGGCAUGCAAGAUGUUUCAAGCCGCUAAGCACAAGGAGUUCACCUUGCUGCCAUGUUGGAGGGAGUUGAGGGAUCAUCCCAAGUGGCAAGUAGAAACCUCCCGCAAAAGGCAGAAGACAUCCGCCGCGGCAAGCCCCUCAUCAACCCCCAAUGUAGCCUCGUCAGGCGGCUUGAACGGAGCAGAGGAUGUUGAUGCAACCACAUCCAAUGCCGGUGAACGUGGCAAAUGUCCUCCUGGUCGCACUCGGUCCAAGGAAGCCCGAGGUACGUCGUCGUCUAGUUCAGCUUCUGCGCCCAUGACAGACUUAUUCGAUCGGCAGUUGGCAAUGAAAGACAAGAUUGAAAAGGAAAGAGCUGAGAGGUUUGCUGAGUUGAUGGAUGUGGAGCGGCAAAGGCUACGGCUCGAGGAGGAAAGAAUGAAAAUGGAACUGGAAAAGGAGCAGCAGAGGUUAAGGCUCGAGGCGGAGUGUAUACAAAUGGAAAAGGAAAAGGAGGAAAGGCACAUAAUGAGCAUGGACCUUUCUCAAAUGGACGAGGACCAGCAGGCCUACUACAAGAGCCUCAGGCAGAGCAUCAUUGCCGCUAGGCGUGUCACCGGAGGCCCAUCUUUGUAA